UCUUCCGCCAACCAAGCACCUGAACAUGGUCAAGCUGAGCUACAGCCCCCACACGAGCGCCACCGCCUCAACUUCAUCGAACCCAUCAACCAAGUGGCAAUCCUACUUUAGCAUCGAGAGCUGGCUGCCUCUCCCUGCGUCCGCCCUGAAACCACAACCCGAUUUUGCCCCCCAGCCCACCGCGUUCACCAAGGAAGGCGACGUCGAUGGGUGGGUGUUCCUCGGAGAAGAGACCGAUCCUUCUCAAUUCACAUACGCCGACGUCGCGUCGGGGAAACGCGAGCAGGAGGCGAAAGACAUCCAACACGUUGCCCAGGAGUACGUGGUCCUGCCCUCGACAAAGUCCAGUCACUAGGCGAACCAAGAGCCCCCAAUGCGACAUCCGCUUUGUCCAUGCAUGCUAAUCAACCUUAUAAAUAUUUAUUCCCAUCUUUCGACCGCCGCUCUCUUUGAGA